AUGUCGGACUGGGACGCGAGCAGCGACGAGGAGCUGGGCGCGCCGGACUGGCCGCGGGCCGCUGCUGCUUCCGGGCCGCUGUGCUGGUCGCCUAGCACCCCUUCGUGGGGCCGCGCCUCCGUGGAGGGCGGCGGGCGACGAGGGAGGGGCACGGGGAAUGCCGGAGGGGAAGGGUGGGAGCCGCGAGGCGCUGAACGCUCCGGCGGCCCGAGGCGGGCGGCGCGGCAGCGGCCGCCCCGAGCUGCGGCCGGCCAGGCUCGGGACUCUGCGGCGCCGCUUUGCUUCCACCUGGAUAACGCCCUGGUCGGGGCUCUCAUAGGCAGGGGUGGAACUAAAAUUAAAGAACUUGAGGAUUCUUCAGGUUCCAGGAUAAAGGUUACAAGAGGAACUUAUGAAUCUGAAGUAAAGAUUUUUGGCAGCACUGAUGUGCAAAACAAAGCCAAGAUGUUGAUUGACAAUCUUAUUACAAGUUCUGGACAAAACUAUGUUAGAGGUGGGACAGAGAAAGGAAAAACCUUGGACAUCAUCAAGCCUGAAAAUAACCCAAAGAAGCCAGUAAUUAACUGGGCCUCUAUUCGAGAAAACAGGGCCAAAUAUGAAUCUAUGAAGUGGGCAGGCUUGCCUCCAAUUGAGAAAAACUUCUACAAAGAAUCACCCAGGACUGCAUCUAUGUCGCAAGAAGAAGUUGAACUGUGGCGAAAAGAAAAUAAUGAUAUAACUUGUGAUGACUUGAAAGAAGGUGAAAAGCGCUGCAUUCCCAAUCCUGUUUGUAAAUUUGAAGAUGUAUUUGAGCAUUAUCCUGAUAUUAUGGCCAAUAUAAGAAAAGUUGGUUUUCAAAAGCCUACACCAAUUCAGUCCCAGGCGUGGCCAAUUAUACUCCAAGGAAUUGAUCUUAUUGGUAUAGCGCAGACUGGUACUGGGAAGACAUUAGCAUACUUAAUGCCUGGAUUCAUUCACUUGACUUCACAACCAAUAUCCAAAGAUCAGCGUGGGGGGCCUGGAAUGUUAGUUCUUGCUCCCACCAGAGAACUGGCACUUCAGGUAGAGGCAGAGUGUUCAAAGUAUGCAUACAAAGGAAUUAAAAGUAUUUGCGUCUAUGGUGGUGGGGACCGAAAAGGACAGAUAGACACUGUUACCAAAGGUGUGGAUAUUGUUAUUGCUACUCCUGGCAGACUGAACGAUCUUCAAAUGAACAACUUCAUAAAUUUGAAGAGCAUAACAUAUUUGGUUUUAGAUGAGGCUGACAGAAUGCUGGAUAUGGGAUUUGAACCUCAGAUAAUGAAGAUCCUAAUAGAUGUGCGUCCUGACAGACAAACUAUUAUGACAAGUGCUACUUGGCCUGAUGGUGUCCGUCGCCUAGCAAAAUCCUACCUGAAAAAUCCCAUGAUUGUGUAUGUUGGCACUCUUGACUUAGCAGCAGUAAGCACAGUACAACAAAAAGUUAUUGUUAUCCCCGAGGAAGAAAAGAGAUCUUUCAUGCAUAGCUUCAUUAAGUCUAUGAAGCCAAAAGAUAAGGUCAUCAUUUUUGUGGGCAAAAAGCUUACAGCUGAUGACUUGGCAAGUGACUUUGGUAUCCAAGGAAUUCCAGUACAGUCGCUUCAUGGCAACAGGGAACAAUGUGAUCGAGAACAGGCUUUAGAUGACUUCAAGAAAGGCAAAGUUCGAAUAUUGGUGGCUACUGAUUUGGCAUCCCGUGGCCUCGAUGUGCACGAUAUUACUCAUGUUUUCAACUUCGAUUUCCCUCGCAACAUUGAAGAAUAUGUUCACAGAGUAGGUCGUACUGGAAGAGCAGGGCGCUCUGGGGAGGCAGUAACACUUGUCACCAGCAAUGAUUGGAGGUUUGCGUCCGAGCUGAUUGACAUUCUGGAAAGAGCAAACCAAGUAGUUCCUGAUGAGCUUAUUGCAAUGGCAGAAAGAUACAAACAAUCACAAAUGAGAAAAGAAAUUGAAAAGGAUAUACCAAGACCUUGGAGAAAGCCUUCAAAAUAAGUGUAGUCCCUUGAAGCUACUGAAACAGAGAAAGUGAUUUUAAUUGGUGUUAGCUUCCACGGGCUUGAAUUUAUUAGUUUCAUUUUGUGUUUGAUUGUUUUCUGUACCUGUCUUAUUUAAACAAACUUCUCAAAAGCAUCUUAGAAAACUGGGUUAACUUUAUAUAGGAAUAAAUCUGGUUUUGCACUUGAACACUAUUUUCACAUAAUAUUUUUUUCUUGUGUGAUGUAUGAAACAUCUAAAGACAUUGUCUACUGGUUAAAAACAAAUAUUGUGUCUUUGUUGGUUGGUUUGGGUUUUUUUUUUAGUUAAAUGCAGUAUUACUUUAAAAGAAUGUAAAAGAUAAUUUUUCCUUUUAUAUUCAGAGAACCAGAUUUUUCAUUGUAAGCAAUGUUUGUCAAUGUAGUUUCAAAAUACUGUACCUUUGCCUUGAUAUGCUGCUGGCAUGCAGGGAGAUUUCUCAGGAUAAUGAAAACUGCUCUGUUUGCUGUUCCUUGUGUUUGCUGAAGCAAGUUUUCUUUAUUCUUACUUUAAAACUUAGCAUUGGUAGUCAUUUUUGCUAAGACUUGUGUCUCAGGAUUUUUUGAGAGAGGUCUGCAUUUUCUUGUAAUGGAAGAGAGCAUGACAGGAAGUACUUGUUUGUGGCUAACUGGGGAAGAAGACCUGCUUUUGCUUUUUGUGGAUGUAAUAUUCUAGCUUAAGGAAUGAAAGCAGAAUUUACUAAAGCAAUGUUAACAAAGUCAUGGAAGAAAAGAAUGCAUUUGAAGGUCAGCUUUUAUUUCUUCCAGAUAAAGUUGAUUCACACUUUACAUUUGGAUGUCAGGUUCUGUCACACCAGUCUCCCAGUGAUAAUGGGGCAUGUUUUCUACUCUUUGAAAUUUUUAUGGGAAGGAGUUAUUCCUUCAUUUGAUGCUUGGUCUGAACUUGUGUUUAUAUUUAUGUCAUACGAUUAAAUAAAAACUAAUAAACAAAAUACAGUAAAAUUAAAA